CACACACAGAGUAUGUGCUUUUCUUUGUCUGAAUGUGAAAAUUGUAAUUACAUAUUGACAUGUGAGCAACUUCUGUUACAGUAUUGUCUUCUUUUAAAAACAUAAACUUCCUUUUGUUUAUAUAUUAUUUUAUUUCUUUGUUUAUAUUUAAAUAUAUUAAUUUAUGUAAAGCCAGAGUUUGAUCUGCUCUGUCACAUUUCCUUUAGGCAAGAUCCUGUCCUUUAAAUGUACUCUAUGUUGAUAAAGCAUGUGAAAGCAGCAGGGAUUUUUCUUUAAAUCAGAUGUAAAGAAUGAACAUAUUACUUCCCUUAAACAUCAAUUUUCAUUAAAACAGUUACAUCUGGAAUAUUUUAUAUCAAGCAGUCUGGACCUUUAAUCUCUUCUUGUACUGAUAUAUAAUUCAUCAGAUCAUGUCAUCAGACAUAGCUAACCCACGUGUAUGAAAUGUGGAGAAAGUCCUAGAGUAUCUUAUGAUCAGAUAUUUAUAGAGAGCUAUUAGUGGAUCUGGACUCUUCAGAGAUCAUUUUUCAAUACAUGAAAAUAUCAGAUUCAGCUUAAUAAUCACUUGUUUAAAGCGUGAGGUCCUGUAUGUUCUUCUCAAAAGCUAAAAAAGUGUUCUUAUGGAUGCGCCGCUUCAGAUGCACAUGUGCCUGUGCACCUGUAGUGCUGCACCCUUAAGGGGACACAUCUUGAAGCAAUCCAGUUACUGCACCUGUACCUAAGUCCUCUGUGUUUCUGGAAAUCCACAAUUAACCUGAAGAUUUAAAAAACUGCCUCCUAUAUAGAACUUUUUUUUCCUCGCUGCUUGUGAUCCAAGUUAUACAGAUGUAAAAUGUCUCAUUCUAAAUAUGUGAAUGAUGAAGACUUUGAUGAUAACAUCCCCACCCAGAAUGUUAUUCAGCAGAGCUUGCAGCAUAUCCAUACAAGUGAGACAGUUACAGAUACUGCAGAGUGUGAUAGAUUCCAGUUUGUUAUGAGCACAGAACAUGGAAAGAUAAUCACAGCAAUACGGGCAGGCCAAGAAGCAGUCUUGCUGAAGUUGAUGAGGCACUGUUCAGCUUUUAAGGAAGCUGAUCAGCGAGGCUGGCUUCCUUUGCAUGAAGCUGCAGCACAAUUAAACAAGAACAUCCUAGAAAUAACUCUGAAGGCUUCAGACCCCAUUGUGUGGGAGCAGACCAGUCUGAAAGGGGAAACUCCUCUCUUUGUAGCAGUAGACAAAUGUUUCUUAGACAAUGUUCACGUUCUCCUGCUCAAUGGCUGCAAUCCUAAUGUUAAGAAUGAAGAAGGAGAUUCUUCUUUAGUUAUAGCAAUUAAACAUGAUUUAUAUGAAAUUGCCUCCCUGCUGAUAAGGUUUGGAGCAAAUGUAAACUUGCAGGGUGUCAAUAAGAGGACAGCUUUACAUGAAGCAGCCAGACUAGGCAGGAAAGAUAUCGUGAACCUUCUGCUUUGCUCUGGAGCAGAUCCUGAUCCCCGCAGUGCAUAUGGGCUCACUCCCCUAGCGCUGGCUGCACAGAUUGGGCAUACAGAAAUUAUGGAAAUUUUACUGCGAAAAGGUGCUGAUGUCCUUUCACAGGCAGCUGAUCGUGCUUCCAUAUUAUUUGAAGCUGUUGGAGGAGGAAAUCCAGAUUCACUCUCUCUUUUACUAGAAUAUGGAGCUGAUGCCAAUGUGCCAAAACACACAGGUCACUUGCCUAUCCACAGAGCUGCCUACAGAGGACACUUUCUAGCUUUAAAGCAGCUAGUUUCAGUUACUGAUUAUGCUGCCAUUAAGGAGAGUGGGAUAAGUCCAGUUCACUCAGCAGCAGCAGGAGCACAUCCUCAGUGCCUCGAGUUUCUCCUCAAAUCUGGGUUUGAUGCCAAUUUCAUGUUGCAUGAGAGGGUUUGCAAAGGCUACGAUGAUCAGAGGAAAUCAGCUUUAUAUUUUGCUGUCUCAAAUGGGGAUGUUUGCUCAACUCAGCUGCUUCUGGAUGCUGGAGCCCUGCCAAAUCAAGACCCCAUUAAGUGCCUCCAGCUAGCCUUGAGAAUGGGCAACUAUGAGCUAAUCAAUCUACUGCUUCAGCAUGGGGCCAAUGUAAAUUACUUCUGCAGAGUGAAUACGACGCAUUUUCCCUCAGCUCUGCAGUAUUCUCUAACAGAUGAAAUCAUGUUAAGAAUGUUGCUGAAUUAUGGGUACGAUGUGUACCGCUGCUUUGAUUGUCUUCAUGGAGACAACAUUCGUUCCCCAUAUGCCUUUGAAGGAUGGACUCCUUCUGUUAUCAAAGACAACAUGUUCUGUGAAGUGAUAACGCUGUUAUGGCUGAAACACGUAGCUGGGAAAGUAGUGCGAGUGAUGCUCGAUUAUGUUGAUCAUGUUAGCAUCUGCUGUAAGCUGAAAGCAGUUCUCAAGGAACAGACACUGUGGCCAGAAAUCAAUUCCAUUUUGAGCCCAGGGCGCCAUCUCAUUUCAUUGACAAUUACAUCAGGUAAGGUACCUGAGAUUUAUUAUAGUCAUUCUGUAGGAUCUAAAUUUGUAUUAUUUGUUUUGUUUCCUGCUGUGACUGGGUGUUUGUGCUACAAUUUUGAGACUUGAGAUACCAAUUCAAUACUAUUUGUCAUCUACUUUGCUAUCUAAAAACCGAUGGCAACCCUAUUCUGGUCAAACUGGUAAGUUGUGGCCAUUUUCCAGGUUGCAGACAAGUUUAAGGAUUAGCGCAGUCAGUUAAUGGGAAUCCCGUAUUACAAAAUCUUCAAAUAGAUGGGAGUCCAACAACAGUUCCUUUUUGGCAAAUAAUUUGUCUCUAGCUUUAGUCGACAUCUAAACUAAAAGAAGGUCAAUCUGUAAUUCAAAGGUAUUUAUCUAGGUUAGAACACAGCCUUCUGAACACAAUCUGUGCAUCUCCCCUACAAUACCAUGUCAGUAGGGUGGAAAUUAACUACCCCAGCAAAAGGAUACUGGCAGAAUAGCCCUCUAACAAGCUAUACAAAUUCUAUGUAGUGUUCAGAUAAGCACACUGAUUAGUAUGAAAGUCCCAACACUAAUGGGAGCCAACAAUCCCAAUUCUCUGAAAUAUCCCUUCAAUAAGAAUAAUGCAAUAAAGCUUCAAGGAAAAUUUUAAAUUGAAUAUCAAGAAAACUUCAAGUUGGUACUGUCUCCCACAUGAAGUGUGGAGGCUGUUACACUUAAUUGGCCAACCCACUUAGCAAUCCUGCACAGAGAGAUAACUAGAUCACCUAAUGAACUAGAAACUGAAAAGACACGAUUUUAUAUGCUUCCCAUGGGUUUUUGGAAAUUUUUACUUGGAUUUUAAGCAGGUAGGGGCAGUAUAUUGUGUGAUGCAAUAAGCAUGAAGUAGGCUGUCACCUGGUCUGCAAGAAGGGGAUGCUGGCGAAAGAAAUAUAAGUGAGCAAAGUUAGCCAGAAAUGUAAGCAGCCAGGUCAAAUUGUGGAGAUAGAAAGUCCAAAACUCCUGAUGCCAUCCAGCCUUUUAUAAGCCUAAGAUCAGAAACAGGGAGAAAAAUCUGCAUAUGCUGCCUUUCGAUCUUCAAGUUGUCAAGAAUAAAUGGGUAGUCUUCUAGAUUGGAGGACAGCUAUUCAUGGG